AUGUCUGGCUAUCCCGGCUACCAAACCUCCUACGGUGGCGCGCCCCCGCCAGGAGCCUUCCCCUCCUCCCAGGGCUACUACCCUCCUCCACAGCAGAAUUACAACGGCUACGCCCCUCCCCCCCAGCCUGGCUACGGCUACCCGUCUUCGCCUCAGCCCUACGGCUUCAACGGCGGGCCCCCACCGCCGCAGCAGUACGGCUACAACGCCGCACCACAAGGCCACUACGGCCGACCAAAUAUACCGAACCCGAAUUCCUACAACCACGCACCUCGCCCACCCCCAGCCACCCCCCAGCACUUCGGCACCGGUGCCCCCACCAACUAUGCAUUCCAGUACUCGCAAUGCAACGGCCGGCGAAAGGCCCUGCUUGUCGGAAUCAACUACUUCGGCCAGCGCGGCCAGCUGAGAGGCUGCAUCAAUGAUGUGCGCAACAUGUCCGCCUACCUGGUUGAGCACUUCAACUACAAGCGCGAGGACAUGGUCCUCCUCACCGACGACCAGCAGAACCCCAUGAGCCAGCCUACCAAGCAGAACAUAUUGCGCGCCAUGCACUGGCUUGUCAAAGACGCCCGCCCCAACGACUCAUUGUUCUUUCACUACUCAGGCCACGGUGGGCAGACCAAGGACCUGGACGGCGACGAGGAGGAUGGUUACGACGAAGUGAUAUAUCCGGUCGAUUUUCGGCAGGUUGGGCACAUCACAGACGACGAGAUGCACAGAAUAUUAGUCAAGCCAUUACAGCCUGGCACCCGGCUGACGGCAAUCUUUGAUUCAUGCCACUCGGGCACGGCAUUGGAUCUGCCCUACAUCUACUCCACCCAGGGCAUCCUCAAGGAGCCCAACCUGGCCAAGGAGGCCGGCCAGGGCCUGCUGGGCGUCAUCGCUUCCUACAGCCAGGGCGAUAUCGGCGGCAUGAUCAAGAAGGGCAUGGGAUUCUUCAAAAAGGCCACCGGCGGGGAGGAGGCUCACAACCGUGCUCUGGCCACAAAGACCUCACCAGCAGAUGUCAUUAUGCUAUCGGGCAGCAAGGAUGAUCAGACCUCGGCCGAUGCAACCAUCGCCGCUCAGGCAACUGGCGCCAUGUCAUGGGCCUUCAUCACCGCCCUGAAGAAGAAUCCGCAACAAAGCUACGUCCAGCUUCUGAACAGCAUCCGCGACGAGCUCGCCAGCAAAUACACACAACGGCCUCAGCUUUCGAGUAGCCAUCCUCUAAAUACCAAUCUUCUCUUCGUGAUGUAG